AAGGGGUUGCCAUUUCUUACCUUGACAGGAGAAAAAUUAUGAACGUCGGGAGUAAGUUAUCUGGGUCAUAAGUUUAAUACAUAGACGGGCGAGAAGAUCAUAAAUAGAUUGUAUUUAUUCGCCAUUUAAUUAUUUAUUUUAAAAUUCGUCCACAAAAUAAAAAACAAAAUUAGCGAAUAAAGAAGACAAGGGAAAAGCCAUUUCUUUCUGACUUGUCCCAAAUUUUAUUGUGUUGUGUUUCUUUUAUUUUAUUUCCAUUUUUGGUGAGUCGAUUAUUUUACUGUUAUUUUCUUUUAGUUUUUUCUUCUUCUUUUUUUUAUUUGUUUUGUUUAAACUUGUAAAAAUGGCGAGCUUCGCGGCUCAGGCCGCUUUGAGAGCCAAAUGGACGGAUUUGGUCGAAUCCACGGACGUUUCGACGAACGUCACCUCUGGGAUGAAAAGCGUUGUCGGUUGGUUGAAACAGGCAUCCUUAGAUGUAAGGGAAGUUGGCCGAAGAACCUUGACAAAUCUGAGUAUGCCGCAAGAAAAGAUCACAAUUUUACACUACAACGAUGUUUACAAUGUCGACCAAGGGAAAGCUGCUCGUUUCCUUACUGCGAUAAAGCAGUUCGAUUCUGAGACGCCGCUCGUUUUGUUCAGUGGAGAUGCACUUUCGCCUAGCAUGCUGAGUACACUGACAAGCGGCGCGCAGAUGGUCCCUGUACUAAAUGCAGUAGGAACUCACUGUGCCGUAUUUGGCAAUCAUGACUUUGAUUUCGGCCUGGAAGUGCUAAGCAAGAGGGUGCUUGAUACAAACUUUCCGUGGUUGAUGUCAAACGUUAUUGACAAUGAAACUGGACGAGCACUCGGAGAUGGAAAAGUCACUCAUGCUGUAGACUGGAAGUCAAAACGAAUAGGGCUGAUUGGCCUUGUUGAAAAAGAAUGGCUUGAGACCCUCGCUACUAUCAAUCCUGAUGAGGUGACCUACAUCGACUUUGUCGAAGCUGGCCAAAAGUUAACUUCCCAACUUAAACAAGAGGGCUGUGACAUAGUUAUAGCACUCACACAUAUGCGUAUGCCAAAUGACAUGAAACUGGCAGAAAAGUGUGAUGAAAUUGACCUCAUACUCGGUGGACACGACCACGUUUAUUCUGUCGAAAUAGUCAACAACAAGUAUAUCAUAAAGUCGGGGACUGAUUUCGACCACUUUUCUAAAAUCACACUCAAAUUUGAAUCAGGCAGCCAUGGAUUUGACAUCACAGUCGACAAAAUUAAAGUCGAUGAGAUGUACGACGCUGACCCUGAUUUGUCCAUUGAACUUGAACAGUACACAGAAUUGAUUGAAGGAAAAAUGGAUGAGGUUCUUGGAGAGUUUAAUGUAGAGCUGGAUGGACGCUUUGAAAUGAUAAGGACAAGUGAAACAAAUCUUGGUAACUGGGUCUGUGAUGUGAUUUUGGCUGCAACAAAAGCUGAUCUUGUUAUUUUAAACUCAGGAACUCUUAGAUCUGAUUGCAUUCACCCUGCGGGCCCUUUUACAAUGCGGGAUCUCAUGAUGAUUGUACCUAUUACCGAUCCAUUAACUGUUAUUGAACUUACAGGAAGAGAAAUUAUAGAGGCUUUAGAGAAUGGUGUUUCCAUGUAUCCAAAGUUGGAAGGAAGAUUUCCACAAGUUGCCGGGAUAUCUUUCGCCUUCUAUCCUGGCCGUACUCCUGGUAACAGAAUUGAACGCGACCUCGUCAAGAUUGGAGAUGAAUACCUCAAACCCGAUAGCAAAUACCAGCUUGCUACCAAAACUUACCUUCGUCAGGGUUCAGACGGUUACACCGUGUUCAAACAAGCCCCUAUAAUCGUUGAUGAAGAAAAUUGUCUUGAAUUAGGCCUGGCUAUUCAGAACCAUUUCAAUGCAAUAAAAAUACGCUUAGGAAAGACAAAGCAAUGUUCCAAGCAUCGUCAGUCUCUUGUAACGCUCUCAAGACGCCAUUCACUCGUCAGAAUGCUCGAUGGGGGUGAUCUUGAUGGUCCGACGCCUCUUAGGAAGCAUUUACCAAACUCGGAUGCCGUGCCUGAGAAAGUUCCUCGGUUUUCAAGACGUGCAUCACUCGACGAACUCGAAAAUGAAUCUUGUCUACUGACCCCAAGGAUUGAAAGGCGAAUUAUCACUCUGACAGAACAGCUUGGGAAGGACCUCUUAGCUGAAAAAGAACGAUCUUUUUCAGAUACAUCCAUAAUACCUGAGGAAAAUGAAAUUUCUCCGCAAGAUUACUCGUAGUAGAACAAACGCUUCCGUAAAUUAAUCAAUUAAUCAUUCUGCACAAAUGGCAAUUUUUAAACUUUUCCAUUAUUGUCACAGUUUUAAACUUUUAAAUAAUCAGUUCACAAUAAUACAUAAUAACACUACCAAAUGAAAAAUAACAUCAAUUACUCUUUAAACAUAUAUUCAAUCAAGAUUUUAACGUUUAAUGCUUCUUGCAGCAUAAUUCUUAAUAUGCUACUAUAAAUUCAUAAACAUAAAGUAUAGAUGAAAAAUAUAGAUUGCAAAUUUUGGACAGGGUAUUCUGUCCAAUAAUUUUCUAGUCAAAUGUGACACAUAGUAGAGUAUAUAAUAAAUAUACAGCUGUAUAUAAAAAUAUGUACAUUUUCGCCUCGCUUUUAAGUUGAUUUGUAUGCAAAAGACAUUGUUAUUGUUUAUUUAACUUA